GAGAAAUUGCGGCAGAAGGAGAGAACAGAUGAUCGCAGGCUGACUUUGGGAAGGGGGGGUGUGCACUGGCUCGUUUUCCAGCAACAUCACUUUGCUUUCCUUCCUUUUUUUAAAACAUCCCAUUCUCCUGCAGGUUCCAUCCCUGUGUUGCACCUACACCCGCUGAGCAUCUCCUCCUCCUAAUGCUUUUGCGCCCUCUCCUCUUCCUCACACUUUAGUUUGACCAUCCUGCCGCCCCUCAGCAGCCGUGUUACGAUGCCCGUGCUGGAGGGGCUUUGGAGUCCAGAUCUCAUGCUGGGUGUCGACGGCAGGGUCUGCCCGGAUGAUGAAGCACCCCGCUCCCCAGUCUGGGGUCCCCUGGGGACCCCGCCGGUCACCUGCGGGGGCUUGUCUCUGACGCUGGAGCUCCCGGCGCUCAUACGGCAGCUCCGGGCAGCGUGGAGGGCACGCAGGGGAGGAGGAAGGAGUUCGAGGCAGCCGGAGAGCUGUCAGGACGGUGCCUGGGUGGAAGACGGGAAGGAGGAAGAGGAAGAAGUGGAGGAGGAAGGGGAAGUGAAGCAUGACCAGGAGGAGAGGGGUGCCCAUCUGGAAGGUAUCAGACUGAGCGCGUGCGCUGCUGGUGUGUCGCUGGCCGAGAGAAGAGGCUCCUAUCCUUUCAUUGACCUGCACGUCGUCAAGACCAGGGACCAACAGGGGGAGGUAGAGGCCGGCAAGCGGAGGAAGGUGAAGCGCCUCCUGAGCUUCCAGAGGUACUGCCACGCUUCCCGGCUGCUGAGGGGCUUGGUUCCCCGGACACCUGAGUCUUUGCAUCUGCUGGAUGACGACUACCUGGGCCAGGCUGCCCACAUGCUGUCAAAAGUUGGCUCUUGGAACUUUGACGUUUUCCUUUUUGAUCGUCUUACAAAUGGCAACAGCCUUGUGACGCUCAUGUGCCACCUCUUCAACGUCUACGGCCUCGUUCACCACUUCCAGCUGGACAUGGUCAAACUGCACAGGUUCCUGAGCACCGUGCAGGGCGACUACCACUCCCAGAAUCCUUAUCACAAUGCUGUGCACGCGGCCGACGUCACCCAGGCCAUGCACUGCUACCUGCAGGAGCCCAAGCUGGCAGAGCAGCUGAGCCCACUGGACGCCUUCCUGGGCUUGAUGGCGGCCGCCACCCACGACGUGGACCACCCCGGCGUCAACCAGCCUUUCCUCAUCAAGACCCGACACCACCUGGCGUCCCUUUAUCAGAACACGUCAGUGCUGGAGAGCCACCACUGGAGGUCCACAGUGGGCGUGCUGCGAGAAUCGCGGCUGUUGUCCCACCUGCCUGCCGAUGUGUCGCAGGGAAUCGAACAACAGUUGGGUUCGCUCAUCUUGGCCACAGACAUCAGCCGACAGAACGAGUUCCUGCUGACCUUCAGGGAGCAUCUGGACAGCCAGGAGCUUGAUCUUCAACUGGCGUCACACAGACACUUUGUCCUGCAGAUCGGCCUCAAGUGCGCGGACGUGUGCAACCCGUGUCGCGUUUGGGAGCUCAGUAAGCAGUGGAGUGAGAGGGUGUGUGAGGAGUUCUACAGGCAGGGGUUGGGCACCGAGCACCGAUGGGAACCGCGACAAACAUUCACAUUCUCCCGGAAUCCUUCAUUUUUUAACAUUCCAUGCCUUCGGUGGGUGACUGACAAGCCCGCCCACCGGAAAAAAUGGCCGCAUGACACCAAGUAAGAAGAAAAAGCGUCAGGAAGCGUUUGCGUUAGUCCAUUCCAAACAUGGACAGUGUGCGGCGGCGCUCGUUACUUUGGCUGAAAUUCUGCAAAAAACUGAAUCAUCAUAUCAUGCAAGGGAGGGUGCAUUCGCGUGCACACGGUGCAUUCGUGUGCACACGGUGCAUUCGCGUGCACACGGUGCCCUGGCGUGCCACGCCGGACUUCUUCCAGCCAGUCAGGCAAGCAAAACAGUAAAUGCCGUCCAUCUUAUGCCAACGUUGAAGCAGCGAACAAACGAUACUUACUCAAAUAUCCAUACUUUUUCACAAACGACUCGACGGUAACGCUAGCUUUAGCCAGGACGUUCUGCACCCAAACGGCAGAGGGAGCCAACCAUCCCGCAAAAAGUUGGACUUGCGGACAUGCUGAAGGAAGGUGGGAGUUGCGGCUGUAGGGCGCCAUCACGGAACAAAUGAACCUUCGCUUGGAGGAGGAGGAGGAGUAAAAGACGGCAACAGGAGCGAUAUGUUUUAACAAGAUAGAAAAGUGCUGCAGAACGCCACCAGGAUGUAGAGGCACCAUCAGAGGAGGGAAAUGACUUCUUGUCCAACCUCGUAGGCUGAUCAUUACGAUUCAAAGGAAAUGUGAGCUUUGAGUGUUCAAAAAUGGAUCAAUAGACUGAUCAGGCGAGCUAGCUCUGUCCUGGACGGUCCUCUGGACUCCGUGGAGGAAGUGGGGGAGAGAAGGAUGUUGGCUAAGCUGACAUCCAUCAUGGACAACACCUCUCACCCGCUACAUGACACUGUGGGUUCCCUUAGCAGCUCCUUCAGCAGCAGACUGUUACACCCACGGUGUAAGAAGGAGAGGUUCCACAGGUCCUUCAUACCGACCGCUGUCAGGCUCUACAACACCUGCACCACCUGAACCAUGUUGUAGUCACUAUGCUUUCUUUACACUGUUCUCUUUACUUGUCUUGCUGCUGUAACAAGUAAAUUUCCCCGCUGUGGGAUAAAUAAAGUACAUACAAUACAAUACAAUACAAAAUGUGAUAGAAUGUGUGAGAAGCGUGUCCCAAGUGUACGGCGGGGGCUUUUACAGCCGUAAAGCAAAUCAAGUAAAACACUCGGACACGUGUACUUUGUGUACUUUGAAGGGUGAUGCCAGGAAUUGUUUUAGUAAGAAAAUACAAAUAAAAACAAAGACAAAUAGAAUUUCUGUCUAAACGUGACUAAAAUGUGACUAAAACAAGACUAAAAAUAAAACAAGUCACAUGUCACCAUAAGAAAAGGUAACAUGAGUCCAUAUUUCCAUGUUCACGUACAGCGACCUUAACCACAGUAAAACAGCUUCUCUCUGAUAAGUGACAAAAGUAUUGGGACAUUGGGUGUCCUUUGCUUCCAGUGUGGUCGUCUUCCUUUCCAAUCAUGAUGGACUUGCUCGUGCUG